AUGUCGACGCAUAGAAGAAUUCAGGGAGGACAGAGGCCUUAUAAAUGCAAGGAAUGUUUGAAGACCUUUUUUCACUUGUCUCAUCUUAGAAGACAUACAAGAACACACACAAGAGAAAAGCCUCAUGAAUGUAAACAAUGUCGGAAACCAUUCCCACGUGUUCCUGAUCUCAAGGAACACAGAAAAAUUCACACAGGAGAGAGACCUUACAAAUGCACACAAUGUGAGAGAACAUUUUCUGAAUCAGGUCGCCUCACUUCACAUAGAGCAGUUCACACAGGGGAGAGACCUUAUCAAUGUCAGGAAUGUGGGAAAACAUUUAGCCAGUCAGGUCUGCUCAAGUUACAAAGAAGAAUUCACUCAGGCGAGAGACCUUACGAAUGUCAGGACUGUGGUAAAACAUUUUCAGGAUCAAGCCAGCUCACUGAACAUAGAACAGUUCACAGAGGAGAGAGACCUUCUGAAUGUCUCAAGUGUGAUUCAUAA